AUGUCUACAAAUGGGUCAUAUAUGACCCAUUGGGGGGUAAAGGAAACAACAACCAAUGAAAUAAAAUCAUUUAUUCGUUCAUGUACAAAUACGACAUUAGUCUCUCAAUUAAAUGAAAUAUUACCUAAUUUUGAAAUUCAUUCAAAUCAAGAAUAUAUUCUUUCUCGAAUACAAAUCUUAGCUCGUACAUAUAUGUCGGAUUAUAAUUGGAAAUCAGGUGUCAUUACUGAUGCUGAACUUGUAUUUAAUUUAUUUUGUAUUUAUUUUGACCGACGUCUUACACCAGAUCCACGAUUCUUAGAUGGAAAAGUAUUUCGUGGUAAUUAUGUUGUACGACAAGCACAAUUAACAAACAUAGCUCGAUAUCCGACAGCUUUAUUUGUCUAUCAAGAAAAACCACCAGUUUAUAAAGUUUUAUCAAAUGGUGAAAUUCAUGACGUACCAGCAGGUGAUCAUAAUUUGCUUGAUUGUCUUCUUCUAUUUGUUGAAUGUGUUAAUUCAACUCGGAAUGGACAUAUUGGAUCAUUAAAUUUAGGUACUAGUGGUGUGGAUAUUUUAUGGACUAUUGUUUCACCAUCAUUAUCAUAG